CAAACAAAAAACAUAAAAUUUUACAAACAACCAUUCAAUAACAAUCACGAAUUAUCACAAUAAUAACUGAAAGGUAUCAUAUAUAUAAACAAAAAAUAUGAUACAAGUUUAUUAUGUUCUAGACAACCAUUGUUUAUAAUUUAAUUAAAUAACAAGUGUUAAAAAAAAUAAAUAAAAGAUGAUUGUUAAAACGUAUUUACUUACAAUAUUAAUAUUAUUCAUCCAUCAACAAGAAACAUCAUGUUUUAUAAAUAAUUUUCAACCAUUGUUAAGUAUAACAUAUGACACUACAAGUAAAUUAUUUUUAAAAUUAAAAUCAUCAUUUUAUCAUAAUGAUCAAUGUUUAAUUGAUGAUAUAAAAAAAAAUAUAACUGAAUUAGAAUUGAUGAUUAAUAAAAAUUUAUAUGGUCAACAUAUUGCUGGAAGCUAUGUUUUAGCUGCAAUUGGAUCUCAUUUAAUUGAUAAAAAUCCAUCAAAACCAUUGACAAUGAUAUUUCAUGGUAAAACUGGUACUGGUAAAAAUUAUUUAGCAACAAUGAUUGCAAAUGCAUAUUUUAAAAAUGGUGAAGAUAGUAAAUAUUAUCAUUUUAUAAAUAGUAGAAGUGAUUUUCCAUUGGAUGGAUCAAUUGAUGAAUAUAAAAAGCUAUUAUAUGAUAUGGUUAUUGAAAAUUUAAAAACAUGUCCAGAAUCAAUAUUUGUAUUUGAUGAAGUUGAUAUGAUGCAACCAGGUGUACUAGAUGUACUUGUACCAUUUUUAAAUUACAAAAGAAAUAAAAAAAUACAUCACAAUGGUUAUUUUAUUGAUAUAAUAACAAAUCGUGCAAUAUAUAUAUUUUUAACAAAUACUGGAAGUCAAGAAAUUAUUGAUACAAUGAUAAUGCUUAAUAAUAAUGGUAAAAAACGUAAUGAUAUGGUACUAAGUGAUUUUGAACAUUUAAUAUCACUUGGUGCAUUUAAUGAAAAAGGUGGAUUUUAUAAAAGUGAUGCUAUAAGUGCUAAUUUAAUUGAUCAUUAUGUACCAUUUUUGCAACUUGAAUAUGAACAUAUUAAACUUUGUAUUGAAUAUGCAUUUAAUUCACGUGAUGCUGUUGCUAAUGAUGAAUCAAUUCAGGAUGUUAUGGCUUAUGUUACAUUUGAAGAGCCACCUUAUCAUAGAUUUUCCAAGUCUGGAUGUAAAAGAAUUGAACAAAAAACAGCAACUAUUUUGUAUAAAAAUCGUAGUAAAGAUGAAACAUAAUAUUGUUUGAUAUAGUAUAUUAUUAUUUUUUUUAAUUUUAAAUCUAGAGUUUUAUUUUUCUAACUUGAAAUUGUUAUAAAUAAAUAAUUAAGAAAUCAAAGA